AUGGUCGGACGCGGCGGUUGGACACGACGGCUGGACCCGACGGCUGGACGCGACGGUUGGACGCGACGGUUGGACGCGACGGCUGGACGCGACGGAUGGACGCGACGGAUGGACGCGACGGCUGGACGCGACGGCUGGACGCGACGGCUGGACGCGACGGCUGGACGCGACGGCUGGACGCGACGGCUGGACGCGACGGCUGGACCCGACGGUUGGACGCGAAGGCUGGACGCGAAGGCUGGACGCGACGGCUGGACGCGACGGCUGGACGCGACGGCUGGACGAGACGGCUGGACGCGACGUCUGGACACGACGGCUGGACGCGACGGCUGGAGGCGACGGCUGGACGCGACGGCUGGGCGCGUCGGCUGGAGGCGACGGCUGGAGGCGACGGCUGAACGCGACUGCUGGACGCGGCGGCUGGAACCAAACCAAACCAUCUUCAGUUUCAUAAACAAGUAG